AUGCCACACGACCACCACGGGGAGGAGGAGAGGCUAUUAGAUGAUGAGCAUACUCAACAAGGCAGCGUGAAUGACUUGCACAGCGAUAACUCAGACCACGAAGAUAACGAUAUCGUAUACAUCAAAAAACAGAUCAAGCAAAAUGCCACACAACCGUUCUACAGACGGCCUAGUGUUUUUGCUGUAAUCUUUUUGAUAGGGUUGCUCACUCUUAGCUCAUCUAGUGCAGAGGGCACCCGCCAGUCAUUAAUCUACGCCAAGGCAUUGGAAUCGUCAAAAAGUGACGAGGCGUCAGUUCCCUACAUUGUUGCUCGUUUCAACCAAUACUUCUUGGUUGGAACUACGGCAACAGCGUUGAUCCCAAUCGCCAAGUUUGGAGAAUUAUCGAACGUGUAUGGAAGGAAGCUAUAUUUUGUGAUGGUCAUAAUCACAAUCACCAUUUCGCGCAUGCUCCAGUACCACCUUUUCAGAAACUACGUGGGUUUGCAGUUUGGUAAGCUACUUUUGGCCAAUUAUGUCUCGUGUUUGUUUGGAGGAGUCAACAUUAUUGGAGCAUUGACCGAACUGUAUGUGUCAGAUUUUACUUUGCCCGAAAGUAGAAUUUUUCAAUUUGGCUUGGCUUCGUCAGCGACAUUUAUUGGGCAACUGUUUGGUCCGUUGAUAGGUACGUUGAUUAGCGAUUGGGCUGGCGGAAAGUCAGCCGAAGCAGUCAGUGAGGCUGACUUCACCGUGUUGAAGUUUGAGCUAGCAGUUAUGCUUUUGUUGCUGGUUUAUGUUAUCACGUUAUUUCCUGAGUCAAGGAACGAAUUAGCAAGAGAAGCAUCAGAGGAGCAAUUGGUUGAGCACGAGCUAGAGGAGGAAGGAAAUUCGGCUUCUGAGGCUGCUUCCGAGUCAAGCGACCUUGACAAAAACCUCAACAGACUUGUCUUGUAUCAAAUUUUCAAGAGCAUUGACAUUAUACAACCAAUGAAAAUCCUAACAUAUCCUAGCGAAGUGGCAAAGGUGAACAAAAAGCACCGCUUGCAAGAGUUGCGUUUAGUUGUCAUAUCGUUGGUGCUAAUUUAUGCCACGUAUCAAACAUUGAUAUUUUCCUUAAACCAGGUGGUUAUCGAAUACGGGCAAUAUGCAUUCCAUUGGGAUUCAGACAACAUAUCCUACCUCCUAUCAACAAUUUCAGUAUCGCGAGCCAUCUCGCUUGUGUUAAUUUUACCGUUUUUUGAGAAAACCUUGUUGAAAAGAACAUUCUCCUUAAGAUCGUUGAAUCGGCUGUUUGACAUGGUGGAGUACAUCCUCAUGUUAUUAUCUUUUGGCGUUGCCAUACUUGUAUUUCUUGCAUUUUACACAACUCAGAGUCGCGGUUUUUACAUCGCUGCAGGGUGUUUUUCAUUCGACGCAUUAAUUGGCCCUGUAUUUGAUUCAACGAUUAUCAAGUUUUUCCCCAACUCUAGUUCUGGCCAAGUUUACGGAGCAAUCACAUUACUCGUGUCGUUGAUGAAUUUAGUCUCGCCCAUAUUAGUGACCUGGAUCUAUGAGUUGGCGUUGAACUUUGAACAUGCCAAUCUUGUGUAUUUGUUUUAUGCGUUUUGGAUGGGUGUUUUCAUUUUCGUUGUUUACUUGUGUAAGCGUGUGUUGCAUUUGAACAGAAGCACCACCGAUAAGGAGUUUAAGUUCAUGAAUGGUGAACUUUAG